UCUCACAAGGUUCUUUAUUCAUUUUUUUCUUUCCAUGCUUAAUCCUUUUGAGAACUUUUCUACUUCCUAGUUUUUAACCAGACUAGCUUUUAAGUUGAUGACCUGAACUUUUCACUCUUACCAAAACUCCAGUUUUUCGAUUUUGUCUAAAACAUCUCUACUUAAAAGUAUAUAUAUAUAUAUUCCCUUCCUACCCUCGUCCCUAGUUCCCUUUCACCCCCUGCACCCUAGAAGUCAAAAAAUAACAAACUGAUUUUCUUUUCCAGCUUGCCCUUUUGACAACAGUACCAGUAAUCUCUAGCAGUUGACUCUUUUUUUCUUGUUUCCUCACCUCUCAUAUCUAAUUCUUAAGUACUUUCUGCUGAAUCUUCCAUCUAAAUAGAAAUUACUUACAGAUUUGACUGUCUUUCAUAUUUUCAUUUUUACCAUCCUAUAUAGGCCCUCACCACUUCAAACCAUUGAGAUCACUGUAGUUACUAAUUUUUAAUUGUUCUCACUAUUUUCUCCAUUCUGAUUCAUCUUGAAAAUACUCUUGUAUUUCCUCAUGCUACUUGAUUACUUAUAAUUGUUAUCUCUAAUCUUUUCUAAAUGAAAUACAAAUACUUCAGGGAUUAAACUCAAGGUCCUUUAUCAGCAGUCAUCACUUGACCCACUUUUACUUUUUUUCCUUGUACUUCCUCAGUUCAUCAGGACACUCUGCUAAUACAUAUAUACUGUCUUAAAGUUAAUUUUUUUGAUUGUUUAUCUCCACCGAGAAUACCAUCUAUAUUCGUUUUUACUGAUAAGAAGUUUUAUGUUUUGGUUUAGUUUAAACAGAAACCCUAUGUUUGUUUGAAUACUUAUUUGGUUUAGUUUAAACAGAAACCCUGUGUUUGUUUGACUACUACUUACCAGCUGUGUGAUUUGGACAAGUUAAUUAGCCUCACUGAGCCUUAGUUUAUUUUUCUGUAAAAAUGGGGAUAAUUAAUAGUCCUUGCCUUCUAGGGUGGUUAUGAGGAUUAAAGGAGUUAGUAUAUGAAAAGUGCUUAAGUUUUGUAAUAUGAAGGGCAUGCCCGACAAAUGUUAAUUAUUACCAUUAAAUAAAAAUCUAGUUUAAGACUCAUUCAAGUCAUUCCUCUGAUACUAAUACUGAUUUGCUAGCCUUGAGACCUCAGUUUCCAUAUAUGUGUAAUGAUGAGAUGAUUUCUAACAUUUGUUGCAUUAUACAACUGAAAACUGUGUGAGAUCGAAAAAGAAUAUGAGCUUCAAAGUCAGACAAGCUAUCGGAUAAUAGUAAGCACCAGCCACAAAAUCCUACAAAAGAAGUAAAUUACUGUCUUUAAAUACUAAAAAAAAAAACAAGAUCCAUGAGUGGGCAUCGAUCAACAAGGAAAAGAUGUGGAGAUUCUCACCCAGAGUCCCCAGUGGGCUUCGGGCAUAUGAGUACUACAGGAUGUGUAUUAAGUAAAUUGUUUCAGUUACCAACACCACCAUUGUCAAGGCACCAACUAAAGCGGCUAGAAGAACACAGAUAUCAAAGUGCUGGACGGUCCCUGCUUGAGCCCUUAAUGCAAGGGUAUUGGGAAUGGCUCGUUAGAAGAGUUCCCUCCUGGAUUGCCCCAAAUCUCAUCACCAUCAUUGGACUGUCGAUAAACAUCUGUACAACUAUUUUAUUAGUCUUCUACUGCCCUACAGCUACAGAGCAGGCACCUCUGUGGGCAUAUAUUGCUUGUGCCUGUGGCCUUUUCAUUUACCAGUCUUUGGAUGCUAUUGAUGGGAAACAGGCAAGAAGAACCAAUAGUAGUUCUCCUCUGGGAGAACUUUUUGAUCAUGGUUGUGAUUCACUAUCAACAGUUUUUGUGGUUCUUGGAACUUGUAUUGCAGUGCAGCUGGGGACAAACCCUGAUUGGAUGUUUUUUUGUUGUUUUGCUGGGACAUUUAUGUUCUAUUGUGCACACUGGCAAACGUAUGUUUCUGGAACAUUGCGAUUUGGAAUAAUUGAUGUGACUGAAGUGCAAAUCUUCAUAAUAAUCAUGCAUUUGCUGGCAGUGAUUGGAGGACCACCUUUUUGGCAGUCUAUGAUUCCAGUGCUGAAUAUUCAAAUGAAAAUUUUUCCUGCACUUUGUACUGUAGCAGGGACUAUAUUUUCCUGUACAAAUUACUUCCGUGUAAUCUUCACAGGUGGUGUUGGCAAAAAUGGAUCAACAAUAGCAGGAACAAGUGUCCUUUCUCCUUUUCUCCAUAUUGGAUCAGUGAUUACAUUAGCUGCAAUGAUCUACAAGAAAUCCGCAGUUCAGCUUUUUGAAAAGCAUCCCUGUCUUUAUAUACUGACAUUUGGUUUUGUGUCUGCUAAAAUCACUAAUAAGCUUGUGGUUGCACACAUGACGAAAAGUGAAAUGCAUUUGCAUGACACAGCAUUCAUAGGUCCAGCACUUUUGUUUCUGGACCAGUAUUUUAACAGCUUUAUUGACGAAUAUAUUGUACUUUGGAUUGCCCUGGUUUUCUCUUUCUUUGAUUUGAUCCGCUACUGUGUCAGUGUUUGCAAUCAGAUUGCGUCUCACCUGCACAUACAUGUCUUCAGAAUCAAGGUUUCUACAGCUCAUUCUAAUCAUCAUUAAUGAUGUAAUUGGUAUUAUAUAGGAACACCAUGUUUUCUGCAGGAAAGAAUCUGAACAUAUUAAGGAGAAUGGGGGUGGAUAAGAACAAAUAUAAUUUAUAAUAAUCAAUGUUGUAUAACUUUUAUUCUUUAUUAUUGGUAACACUCCCUAACUAUCCUGUGUGAGAAUGGGAAUUUCAAGUCCCAUCUUGUAAAUUGUAUAUGUUAUCAUGCAGGGUUUGGGCCAAGAAAGCAUGCAGAAAAAAAUGCCAUGUAAUUGUAAUUAUCCUGGAUUCAGAAUAACAUUGUGAUGGGGAGCCAGAUCCACAGUGGUGGAGAGUUCUGAUGUUGUCUAUUUGCAGGCCAAAAGAUAAUUGCUUUAUAAUUUUAACAAAUCAUCGUCUUUUAGUAACAUCCUUGUUUAGUGUCUUCUCAAGCUUUCUUUACUAAGGAGUUCAGCUUGUGACACAGGUACAUCCCACUAGCUUGUGAGGUGGAACUAGUAAUAAAGACCUUGAAUUUGGAUUGAAAAGUUUCCUAUUUUUACAUUGUUGAGGAAGUUUUGUUUUGUUUUUUUUUUUGAUUGCUCAAGAAAUGAUUCUCUCACAGGCUUGGGAAAUCCUGUUAGCAUGCAGAAUAAUGUGGUAACUUUGUCAAUUUCCCAUUUUAUUUUUUUAAAUAAAUAUAUGAUCUGAAAGCCAA